UUUCCCUUGGUUGAAAACUGAAUAAAUAAGAAAGAAGAUGACUAUCAGAAUCUUAUUUCUUUUGUUUUUAAACGUUCGUUUAGCAGUGAUGUUACGCUUUGAAACAUCGAUUGCAGAGAAAGUGUGGAGCGAACGAUGUUCAAGAAACAGUAUUGCUCUGAACGAUUGCAACUGGUGCCACUGCGGUCCUAAGAGCCAAUACACUUGCCGGGCUCGAGAUUGCAGCGAAGUUGAUAUGUUUGGUCACUUCAAUGAUGCCAUCACUCAUAUGGAUGUAGGUAUGGAAGGCCGCGGCGUCUGGCGAUCAGAGAGAACUCCUUGCGAAGCAGGAGUGCACUACCGCAAGAACGAGCUUCUGUGCGUAUGCACCGAAGAAGGCACGUGGCCCAACCCGGUCUGCCGAGACAUCUUCAGAGUCCUUCACACCGUAGAAAUGACCGACUCAAAGAAACCAGCCGAGAACACCAGCUGUAUCGCAACCAAAGCCUACCUCUAUGACUGCAAUGUUUGUUUCUGCCCCGAAUCAGGUCUAAUAGACACAAAGUUUUGCACGAAAAGAAAAUGCGAAAGCGAAAAAGUCUCAAAAGCUCACACUGACGACGACAGAGUUGAAGAGGUAUACGCCACGUGUACCCCUAGUAAAAGAUAUAAGCUCGGCUGUCAAACUUGCGUCUGUCUCCGAAACAACCGACUCUUAUGUGACAACUGUACUGCCGAAGACGAUCACGAUAUGGCUACAACGCAAAAUACUGCUUGCUACCAGAAAAAACCCGGUACUGUGUUUAAAAAAGCUUGUAACUUCUGCCAUUGUAACAAGAAAGACACUAUAUACUGUACAGCGAAGAAGUGUUUGCAGGCACACACGCAGAUCUCUUUACCGCAGCUGAGUUACGAAGAAGCGCAACAGAGUGAGGAUGAGUUUAACUGUGUGCCUGGAACCAAGUAUGAGAAGGACUGCAAUACGUGUCACUGCUUCAUGCUGGACGGAGUGAAGUACUUUGGAUGUACGAUGAACAUCUGCAAGCAGCCAACUGAAUUAUUGCAUGACAGGACCUGUGUCGAAGGAACCUCUUACCAAGUCAACUGCCUGAUCUGCCACUGUGUCAUGGAAAACGAUGAGAAACGCGAGUACUGUACUAUUGACGAGGCUUGUAAGACAGCAGACAAGACGCCUAAGGAGCUAUCUACAAUGCAUGGCUAUUGUGAACCUAUGCAUUUUUAUCAGUCGGACUGUAACAAAUGUCGAUGCUUGGCUGACGGUAAGACAGUUGCAUGUACAUCAAAGUUAUGUUCGAAGAAAAAGGAGAAACUGAAGGAAAUUUUCACGGAUACUAGAGGUAUUCCAAAAUUUCGAGGAGAUUUGAAGCCGCCGCCUGAUCAGCCUAUGAUGAUGGAGUUCAUACCAUUCGUGCAAAAGGAUAAUUCUUGUCCUAAGGGACAAACUUACAUGGUAGAUUGCAAUGUUUGUUAUUGCAUGAAAACUGGUAAUGCUGUGUGUACGACGAAGCAAUGCUGAGUUUUCUAGAAGGUUCGACGUGACUGGAACAUUAAAAUGUGUUUCAAUGUGGACAAAGUUCUGUUGUAUGAUACAAUUAUUUUAAUAAACUAAAGGGAACGUAGUGGGGUAAAGUUAUUACCUCUAGGUACGUCGUUUGAUUUUAUUUUCCACAGCAUUUUUUUUUAGUUACAUAAAAAGUGGGAAAUAACAAUUAAUUUAGGGAAAAGGACCCCUGCUCUUGGAAGAAAACAUCACAGGAUGGAAUAAAUAAAACGCCGAACUAUGUACAUUAACUAUAUUUUAAGAACGUUAGAAACAACGGUUCUUCGUCUUUUAACACAUAAUAACAAAUAAAAAUAACACUCUUCAAAACAUUUUAUUCGUCGCCAUUGCUUUGUGCUUUUCACAAAAGAGGUCCGAUUACUUU